GUAAAUAAAAGGGACAUCUCGUUCCAAUCUCUUCCAAUAGAAUUAUUCGUUCUCUAUUCGAGGCAUUCGUUAUUUUAAGCGCGAAAUCAGUAAAUAUCUAAUUCACAUAUAUCUCGUGUUGUUUUCGUUCGUCGGGAUUUCGAUGGAAACGUCGUGGGUGUAAAUUAUUGACAGAUAUCGUGCACUUUCCUUAUUCCUCUUUGUGCGAAGAAGAAGCAUAUAAAAAGGCAUUAUAAUUGACUUCCGCUGAGAUCGUGGAAUCUUCCCGGCGCUUAUUAAAAUGACCAGGUCGAAAAUAGAAUUAGGCGACGUGACACCGCACAACAUAAAGCAGCUGAAAUUGCUCAAUCAAGUCGUGUUCCCGGUCUCGUAUAACGAAAAGUUUUAUAAGGAUGUACUGGAAGCGGGAGAACUUGCCAAACUAGCAUAUUAUAAUGACAUAGUGGUUGGAGCAGUUUGUUGCCGUGUAGACACUUCAGAAAAUUCUAGGCGUUUAUAUAUAAUGACAUUGGGUUGUCUUUAUCCUUAUAGAAGAUUAGGAAUUGGCACUGUUAUGGUUCAGCAUGUUUUAAAUUAUGUUAAUAAGGAUGGUAAUUUUGAUUCUAUCUUCCUACAUGUUCAGAUAAGCAAUGAAGGUGCGAUUGAUUUUUAUAAGAAAUUUGGAUUUGAGAUUGUCGAAACUAAAGAGCAUUAUUAUAAGAGAAUAGAACCAGCAGACGCGCAUGUAUUGCAAAAGACACUGCGUCCCCGAGCAAAUCAAACAAAUCAUCAAACAGUCAACUAAUAAGUGUAGCAUUUUUCAUUAAUUUAUCUUAUAAUUUUAAAUUGACAUACGUUUCCAUGUUCUAUCAAUAAAGCCAUUUUAUAUUAUA